GGUUUUAUGUGGUGGGGGAGGGGAUUUUUAUGGGUUUCGGGUUGGUGUAUUUGGGUUUUGAGGUGGAGUUUUGGUGGGGGUAUGGGCCUAUGAGGAAAGCGGCUUUGGCUCCGGCUUAGAGAAGGGGGUCUCCAGCGCCGGAGAGGGCAUGAGACGGGGGACCAUGGCUGGGCUUUUAGGAGGUGGUUGUUGGAUUGGUGGUACUGGGGUUGUGUGGCUGGGUGGGGCUUUUUUUUUUUUUGUAAUAACCUUGGUGGGGCUUUUGAAAUUUGUUUAUUACAUUAUUAUUCGAUCACGGAGGGAUUAUUUUGAGUAAAUAAUUAUUAAAAUUUGAAUUAUUUAAAAAUAAUUUACAAUUGUAAUUAGUUUGGACGAACAAGCAAAAAUUAGAUGACUUUUUUUUUUUUUUUUUUUUUUUUCAAUUUUUCCGAAAAAAUACGAAGUCGUAACACUCAAAAUAUACGGAGGGAUUAUAUGGACGGGGAUCUUAAAAGAGUGUUUAUGACCCAAGCCCACCAACAAAGAAAGGAACAAAAGGCUAAAAAAAACCGAGCCUCUCAAGUCUCAACUACUCUACUUGGUUCCAGUCAACAUAAUCUGGCGAGCCACGUCCUACUCCGGCGAAAAUGGAAGGUGGGGUUAACAAAGAUUUGAGCAACUUGAAAACGCCUUCCACUGAUGAAGAAUUCACUGAUGUUCUUCUCCAAAUUCGUGCUUCCAAAACCCCAGCAGUAAUCAAUUAUGGUGCUUCUUGGUGCCGAGUUUGCAAUCAGAUCCUGCCUGCAUUUCAGAAGUUCAGCAAAGAGUUCUCAAAGCUUUCCUUUGUUUAUGCUGAUAUAGAUGAGUGCCCUGAAACCACUCAACAGAUACGCUACACUCCUACAUUUCAGUUCUACUGCGAUGGUGAGAGGGUGGACGAGAUGUUUGGAGCUGGAGAAGAACGGCUUCGUGACCGUCUUUGGUUGCAUUCAUGAUUUUAGUUUUCCCCUCUACUGUACCUAUGGCAAAGGACAAGCCUAACUCUGUAACCAUGUAUUAGCCAAAAAAAUCAGCUUUCUUGGAAAAUUUGAGAAGCAUGUAAAUGUAGUUGGAUAUUUAAAUGUAGAUGAUGAUUAUUUACCCUGAUGUUGCUUUACUCCUAUAAACACCUGUAUUUUUUUAGUUGUUACAGAUAGAUAGCUCAUAGCUUGGAUA